GGGAACUACUUCCCGCUACCGGAGGGCCGCGCCCACUUCCGCCGCUCCACCGGACGUCUCUGCGACGGCCGCCUUGUCAUCGACUACCUUUGUGAGAGCCUGAACAUGAGCUACCUGAGCCCGUACCUGGAGGCGCUGGGGUCCGACUUCAGCAAUGGCGCCAACUUCGCCAUCUCCGGCUCCACCACCAUGCCGCGGGACAGGCCAUUCGCGCUGCACGUCCAGGUGCAGCAGUUCCUCCAUUUUAAGCAGCGCUCCCUCGAGCUCAUCACCCACGGCGAGAACGUUCCCGUCGACGCGGUGGGUUUCCGAAACGCGCUGUACGUCAUCGACAUCGGGCAGAACGAUCUCUCUGCCGCGUUCUCUAGCAGGCUGCAGUACGAUGACGUCGUCCGUAAGAGGAUCCCGGCCAUACUCUCCGAGAUAAAGGAUGCUAUUAUGACUCUGUACUACAAUGGAGCUAAGAACUUUUGGGUCCAUGGCACCGGGCCCCUGGGCUGCCUUCCGCAGAAGCUCGCCGAGGCUAGGGCCGACGACGGCGACCUGGACGACAGCGGCUGCCUCAGAACACUCAACAACGGUUCCGACGAAUUCAACAGCCAGCUCCGCUCCGUCUGCGACAGACUCACCACGCAGCUCAAAGGCGCCACCAUCGUCUACACCGACAUUCUGUCCAUCAAGUACGACCUGGUCGCCAACCACAGCGGCUACGGCUUCGAGGAGCCGCUCAUGGCGUGCUGCGGCCACGGCGGGCCGCCUUACAACUACGACCUCAACGUGAGCUGCCUCGGCCCCGGCUAUCGUGUGUGCGAGGACGGCUCCAAGUUCCUCAGCUGGGACGGCGUGCACUACACCGACGCCGCCAACGCCGUUGUCGCCGCCAAGAUCCUGUCGGCAGAGUUCUCCACGCCCAGAGUGUCCUUCGGCUACUUCUGCAAGGCAUGAUGGAUCGAUGCUAUUUUGACCAGCUUCUGCACGACAUCAUGGACCCGGUGUAUCAAUAGCUCGAAUCGGGCACCUUUUUUUUGGACGUGGAACACUUUGUUCCUUUACAAUGGCUCAGCAGACUCGCUGGCCACCAAAACGUUUACAAUAUCUGACUAUAGAUAGUGACGAUGAAUGGAUGAUCCAAGAAUUGAUGCAAGAGAAGACGGUGCUUGUGACGACGAUGAUAAGCACUUGAUGAUAGUCUCUUGUCUUGUACAUUUUUAAGCCCUCCUCGGCAUUUACGUUCG